AUGCGGUUGCGUUGCACUUGCCGGCCACGGCCAAUCGUUUGCCUGCACCCUCAUGCCACUGUCACUCAGACGCAAGUCACGAUAGACAGAGGAGUACUGACGCAAGUGUGGUGGCGACGAUGCUCGCUGCUGAGGACCAACCGACGUCGUCCUGACCGUCAACUGAUUCACCUGUCACCUGUCGCGCAGCACCUGCUUCUGCUUUACGUCGACUGCGUUCUGAAACACGAUGGCAUUACUAGCGACGAGGACAGUGUCGGUUUCGGUAGAGACGAGCGAACUAGUGACAUUGCGACGAGCAUCAUCAUGGGCAGACGAGGUAACACUUUUGCUAUGUUUCGAAGUAGCUGGGAGGGGGGGGGACGAGGGAGGGGACGGGUGGCCGUAUGGAGGCCGGUCCAAGAUCAACGUAAUUGUUUGAUCAUUAUCUGCACGAGUGACUAUCUGCAGACACGUCAGAGGCAGUGCAGCCCGUUUGAAAUUCAAAUUUUAUGCGUUGAGGUGGUGAGGGAAUGA